UCUGCCCACCGUCCCCAACUCAUCACCCGUGCCAGCACCACGCUCAAAUCAGAAAUCCCCUCAGCCGGCACCCAGUAAUCUAACUGCAAAUACCUUUAGUGGUGCCUUUAAAGCACCCGAAUAUAUAGAAAAUCCUGCAGACGGUGAAGAUGAUCUUAAAGUACCCGACUAUGUGCGUAAUUUCUGGGAGCCUGCAUCUAGCGACUCUGUUGGUACACGCCCUCCAUUGCUCACCACACCGGGCAUACAAACACCAACUGAUUUGUCUGAUCUUAUUGCCGAGGCUGUACAUAAGCAUUUAGGUGAAGCCGAAUUGGCACAACGCAAAAUUCUAGGUGUGGACAAUGUCACACAAGAUGAACGUGGUCUGCGUACAUUGAUCAGCGCUGGUUGCUAUCGCUCGGCAGUCAAUCUCACUGGACGUUUAUUGACUAUCUAUGGCCAGGGGUAUGGCCGUGCCGGCCAACCGGCCAAACAUUCGCCGCACUCACUGCAAUUGUGGUUCACACGUCUAGCGCUUUUGGCGAAAUUGGGUGAAUUUGAGCUGCUGCAGGCAGAAGCAGAACCAUUCGAUCAACUUAAUCGACCAGAUGUGUACUAUGAGUUCUAUCCAGAAAUGUAUAAUGGAAAAACAGGCUCAAUUGCUUGCUUCUCCUUUCGCUUACUACUUGCCGAAUUGCCCAUUUAUAUGGGAAACCCACAUUUAGGCUUAGAUCGACUGUCAGAGCUUUAUGUGAUAAGUAAUGAAAUUAAAAAGUAUUUCGCUGGACGUGAACCGAAAGAUGCAGAGCAAUUUUGGUGGCGACGUGAAAUACGCGUACUACAUUCCAUAGUCAAUUGUGCGUUAAUAAUGAAGAAGUUCAAUUUGAUUGAUGACAUCAUACGCGGCAUGAUAUUGGAAAGCGCUGAUUUGAGCAAGGAAGAACGGCGUGCAUUGUAUUCUGCUUGGGGACGCAUUUAUUUACAGAUUGGUGACAUUUUUGGUGCAGAGCAGAAAUUUGCAGAAGCACGUCGGAUGCGUGAAAUCAAUUCCACGCCUGACCUGCGUGACUUGGUGGAUAAAGGUCUAAUAACUGUGGCCGAAAAUGACUUUCGUGGCGCUUAUGCCAUUUUUCAGAAAGCAUUGCAUUUAGAAUCCGGCAAUACAAUGAUACUUAACAACAUGGGCGUCUGUUUGCUCUACGAGGGUAAAUUAAAGGAUGCUAUAAAACUAUUCGAACAUGCCAUUAAUUUAAAUCCACAAAAAUCACUCAACGAAAGUUUAUUAGUAAACUUAUCUACGCUUUAUGAAUUGGAAUCAAAUAACUCAAAACACAGGAAGUUGAAUUUGUUGCGACUUAUAAAUAAAUAUAAACCAGAUUUGAAUAUUAGCUUAGAAGUUUGUUUGAAGUUGCAAUCGACAAAUUGAUAUGAUGCAUUUGAUAAUGAAGUUAAAAUAUUUUUAUAAAUCCAGAAGUAGUUGCAUUAUGCAUGUAAAAGAAAAUAAGUUGGACAUAAAAAAAAGUAUUUGUUUCGCUUUAAGUGUUUGCUUUCAGUUAAAAAAUAUCCCUCCAUUAAACGAUUGAGUUAAGCAUGUACAUAUUGUGUAUUUCAGUUAUAUGUAUGUAAUAAAGUAAGACAAAAUAUAUAUGUAUUUACUAUU